AUGUCUUCGCAACCUCCUCACGCUUCUCUCCUGAUUCCCGGGCCCAUCGAGAUCACCGAUGAAGUCUCGCAGGCUAUGGGGCACUAUGCCCAGUCCCACGUCGGCCAGCCAUUCGUCAAUGCCUUUGGCGAGACUCUCACUCAGCUGCGCCAACUGUUCCAGACGACCAACCCCAACUCGCAGCCGUUUGUGCUGGCGGGCAGCGGUACGCUGGGCUGGGACCUUGUGGCGGCCAACCUCGUCGAGCCUGGCGAAGAUGUUCUGGUAUUGCACACUGGAUACUUCGCCGAUUCCUUUGCCGACUGCCUGUCGACGUACGGCGCAAAGCCUACACAGCUCAAGGCUCCCAUCGGCGACAGACCACAGCUUCCUGAGAUCGAAGCAGCGCUGAAAGAGAAGAAGUACAAGGCUCUCACGGUCACGCAUGUCGACACCUCCACCGGCGUGCUCUCCCAGAUCCAGGCUCUUUCAGACCUGUUGCGCCGUGUCUCUCCAGAUACACUGUUGGUCGUCGACGGCGUCUGCUCCGUAGGAGGAGAGGAGAUCCACUUUGACAACAUGUCAAUCGAUGUGUGCCUGACGGCGUCUCAGAAAGCCAUCGGAUGUCCGCCCGGUCUAUCCAUCACGAUGGUUUCGGAGAAGGCGAUGAACGUCUUCAAGUCGCGCAAAUCCCCGCCCGGGAGCUACUACGCGAGCUUCAAGAACUGGUUGCCCAUUAUGCAGAACUACGAGGCCAAGAAGCCGUCCUAUUUUGCAACUCCUCCCACUCAGUUGGUUCAGGCCCUGAACACCUCCUUGAAGCAAAUCCUUUCGAGACCGGUGGCCGAUCGCUUUGCUCAGCACAAGAAAGUGAGCGACUACGUCAAAGCCAAAGUCAAGGAAAUGGGUCUGAAGGAGCUCGCCCUGGACCCUGCAAAUGCAGCCCACACAAUGACGGCAAUUUAUUUACCCGAGGGCCUGACUCCGCCCGAGAUCUUGCCCAAGCUGAUGAGCAGGGGUGUCAUUUUCGCCGGCGGUCUGCACCGGGAGAUUGCGGCGAGAUACAUCCGUUUUGGCCACAUGGGCGUGUCGGUCACGGAUGAGUCGAGGGGAGAAGUUGACAAGGCACUCGAUGCGUUGAAGGAGGGUCUGGCCGAGGUGCAGCAGGCCAAGGGAAAGAACUGA